AGAGUCAUGCAAUCAUUUGUACCCGAAGACGUAAUUUGAUUUAAUAGCACAUUUGCAGAGGUAACAUAUUACGUUAGUAGCUGACGAACUUUCCAGCACACUCUCGACCAGUUGCUAAGAGCUAACAUGCUUUACUGCUGACGGAGCAGUGUUGACGCUCCCAACGUGCCGUUGAAGAGUCAAAGAAAAGUGUUCCUCCUUCGUUGGUUAAUGGCAGGACAUUAUGGGAUGGUGGUACAAACWCCUACAGUCAGUCUGAGACAGUCCUGCAUGACCAGAGAGGAAAAACAAUGGGAGAUGCGAAAGAAAGGGUAGACGAGCCGGAUCCUGAGGACGGCGACACUAAACCUGACAUGGAUAAGGAACCAUUAACAGCUGGACCGCCUAAUGAAUCAGAAAAAGACACAGCUCCAAAGAUGAGUGAAGUGCAGUCUGGAUUGAACGGAGAAGGAGAAGCUUCCAAGCACAAAGACGGGAAUAUUYCAAUCCACCGUAAGGACACUGAAGAUGAAAGCACCUUUUCACCUCACGAUGACAUCAGUCCACAGCAAACACUGAUAGCACAGUUCAAGUGUCUGCAGACAGAGGACAGCAUACAGGAAGUUACCUGUCCUGUACAGAAACAGACAAAGUCUGAAACAUUAGAAGUGUCUGCACUUGACGCUGAAGAGGUCCAAUGUACUUUCUUCACAGAUGAGCAAAUCCAAAUGUCAAACUUAGCUGAGUCACAGCCUCCAGCUAAAACUACAUCGGGAGUAACUGAGUGUUGGGAUGAGUAUAUAGCUGUUACCUCUGAAGCAGCUGGGGAAUCAGAGAUUGUAGUCGCCUCAUUUCUGCCCAACACUCAAGCUCAUUCUGAGCUUGGUGAUGCACAAACCAGCUGGCACUUUCCUGCAGGGCCUGGUCUUGCACAGGAAGUGCAGUGCCCAUUGUGGCAACUUCCUCCUGGAAGCUAUUACCCUCCGAUGGGGCCGACAGUGCCUUUUGAAGUAAUGUGGAGAGUGUGGGAGGAGUUAUCUCAUAGCUCUGCUGCACCUGAGUAUGCUUUGACCCCCUUUUCAUCCAAAAGUACCUCAUUGGACUUCACUGUUAUGUCCUACAACAUCCUUUCUCAAGACUUGCUGGAGCUCAAUAACCAUCUGUACGCACACUGCCCCCUAGAGGUGCUGGACUGGAACUACCGCUGCAGUCUGCUUCUAAAGGAAAUAGAAAAUUGGACUCCAGAUAUACUGUGCCUUCAAGAAGUUCAGGAGAACCACUACCAUGACCAGCUGUAUCCAGUCCUUUCUCAGUUGGGCUACACCUGUGUGUACAAGCGGCGUACAGGAACCAAGACCGAUGGCUGUGCCAUUUGCUAUAACGGCUUUGCUGAGGUAGCAGUUUCCAAGCUGGAGUUCUUCAGACCCGAGACGGAGCUGUUAGACCGGCACAACGUGGGCAUCGUUUUGCUUCUUCAGCCAUUAGUCGCCCAAGGAGACGAGGUCAAGGAGGUGGGCCCGCCGCUGUGUGUGGCCAACACACACCUGCUCUUCAACCCCAGGAGAGGGGACUUGAAGCUGGCACAGCUGGCGAUCAUGCUGGCAGAAAUCGACACCAUGAUCAAGUCCUGCGAGGCUAAAGGUCAACACUGUAAUGUUGUGUUUUGUGGGGACUUUAACUCCUGCCCACACACGCCUUUGUACCAGCUGAUUACCACCGGUGAGCUCUACUACCAGGGUCUGCCYGCGUGGAUGAUUUCAGGCCAAGAGGACCUGUCAUACAAGCCUACUUACCAAACACUGUGUGCCCCCUUGUGGCCCAGCUCUCUGGGAGUCACUGACCGCUGCAAGUACAUAAGUCCUGACAACAGUACGGUUGAGAGCCAGCACCCAAAAGCAGGAAAACAUCAGUACAGCCAUGAGUUUAUGCUGCAUUUGCGCUAUUGUCCAACUGCCUGUGUCCGCCCUAAAGACCUGAAACUGAUUCCAGGCGUGACUGACAACAAACCAGAUCCUUCAAGGAUUAAACAAGAUUAUAUAAGCUUCAGACAGACGAUCAGCCAUCGGUUAAACCUGGAGUCGGUCUAUAAACACGUACUUCCUGGCGCUGGCUUCCCAGAAAUCACAACCCUGCACUCUGAAGGAGGAGCUACUGUUGACUACAUCUUCUACUCUCCAAAACCCCUCGUUGCUUCUCAGCACAAAGCUUGUGGAAAGUCUGCAGGCGGAGGCCUAAAGCUUAUCGGCUGUCUCUCCCUCCUGUCUGAGGAUGCGCUGUGGUCACUGAACGGUCUCCCCAAUCACAUUUUCCCCUCAGACCAUCUCGCUCUGGUUGCACAGUUUCAGCUGGACCUGAACACGGCCUAAAAGGAAUGAACAUGUUUAUGGUCAAAGGACCUCAUUUUUUUUGUUUGAUAUUAAGAGUUUCAGAGUAUGUUCAAAAACAAAGAAUUGCUGUUUUGCCAUGACAAAAUUCUUUUUCUUUUUAGUGUGAAACAAUUUUUGAUGAAUGGCAACAUUUGUAACAUUUCAAUAAAUACUUUUGAAUAUUA